GCCCUCCGCACUAGGAUGUUGCGGCAGGUCUUGCACAGGGGGCUGGGGACGUCCUUCUCCCGGCUCGGCCACUUCGUCGCCAGCCACCCGGUGUUCUUCGCUUCGGCGCCCGUGCUUAUCUCCAUCCUGCUGGGCGCCAGCUUCAGCCGCUACCAGGUGGAGGAGAGCGUGGAGCACCUCCUGGCCCCCACGCACAGCCUGGCCAAGAUCGAGAGGAACCUGGUGGACAGUCUAUUCCCGGUGAACCGCUCCAAGCACCGGCUCUACUCCGACCUGCAGACGCCGGGGAGGUACGGCAGGGUGAUCAUCACCUCCUUCCGUAAGGCCAACAUGCUGGACCAGCACCACACCGAUCUCAUCCUCAAGUUGCACUCUGCUGUGACCAGGAUCCAAGUUCAAAGACCUGGUUUCAAUUACACGUUUGCCCAUAUAUGUAUCCUGAACAAUGACAAGACAUGCAUAGUGGACGACAUAGUGCAUGUACUGGAGGAAUUAAAGGCUGCUCGUUCUUCUAAUCGAACUAAUUUUGCAAUCACUUAUCCGAUUACUCACUUAAAGGAUGGCAGGGAAGUGUAUAACGGGCAUCAGCUUGGUGGGGUUACUGUGCACAGCAAAGACCGGGUGAAGUCUGCAGAAGCCAUUCAGCUCACCUACUACUUGCAGGCAAUCAACUCCUUGAAUGACAUGGUGGCAGAGAAGUGGGAAUCCAUUUUUUGUGACACUGUUGAACUUUUCCAGAAAUCCAACAGGAAAGUCAAAAUGUAUCCUUUUACUUCUUCUUCGCUGAAGGAGGAUUUCCAGAAGACGAGCAGGGUGUCAGAACGCUAUCUGAUCACAAGCUUGGUCCUUGUGGUCACCUUGGCCAUUCUCUGCUGCUCCAUGCAGGAUUGUGUCCGCAGCAAACCCUGGCUUGGCCUGCUGGGAUUGCUGACUGUGACCCUUGCCACCCUGACUGCAGCUGGGAUCAUCAAUCUCACUGGUGGGAAAUACAAUUCCACCUUCCUGGGAAUCCCUUUCGUCAUGUUAGGUCAUGGGUUAUAUGGGACUUUUGAAAUGUUGUCAUCCUGGAGAAAAACUAGAGAAGACCAACACGUUAAAGAGAGGACUGCAGCUGUAUUUGCAGACUCCAUGCUCUCGUUUUCUCUCACCACUGCCAUGUACCUGGUCACUUUUGGAAUAGGUGCCAGUCCCUUCACUAACAUUGAAGCAGCCAGGAUUUUCUGCUGCAAUUCCUGUAUUGCAAUUUUCUUCAACUACCUCUAUGUACUCUCCUUUUAUGGUUCCAGCCUGGUGUUUACUGGCUACAUAGAAAACAACUACCAGCAUAGUAUCUUCUGCAGAAAGGUACCAAAGCCAGAGGUAUUGCAAGAGAAGCCUGCAUGGUAUAGGUUUCUUCUGACAGCCAGAUUCAGCGAGGACACAGCAGAUUCAGAGGAAACGAACACUUAUGAGAGUCAUCUUUUGGUAUGGUUCCUGAAACGCUAUUAUUGUGACUGGAUAACAAACACUUACGUCAAGCCUUUUGUAGUUCUCUUUUACCUUGUUUAUAUUUCCUUUGCCUUAAUGGGCUACCUGCAGGUCAGUGAAGGGUCAGACCUGAGCAACAUCGUAGCGACCGCGACGCGGACCAUUGAGUAUACGACUGCCCAGCAGAAGUAUUUCAGUAACUACAGCCCAGUGAUAGGGUUCUACAUCUAUGAGUCGAUUGAGUACUGGAACACCAGUGUCCAGGAGGACGUGCUGGAGUAUACCAAGGGCUUUGUGAGGAUAUCUUGGUUUGAAAGCUACUUAAAUUAUCUUAGGAAACUCAACAUAUCUACCGGAUUGCCCAAGAAGAACUUCACUGAUAUGUUGAGGAACUCCUUCCUCAAGACCCCUCAGUUUGCCCAUUUUUCAGAGGAUAUCAUCUUUUCCAAGAAAUACAACAAUGAAGUUGAUGUCGUGGCCUCCAGGAUGUUCUUGGUGGCCAAGACAAUGGAAACCAAGAGGGAAGAACUUUAUGACCUUCUGGAGACCCUGAGAAAGCUCUCUCUCACCUCCAAGGUGAAAUUCAUUGUUUUCAAUCCAUCGUUUGUGUACAUGGAUCGUUAUGCCUCUUCAGUGGGAGCCCCCUUACAAAACUCCUGCAUUAGUGCUUUAUUUCUGCUCUUCUUCUCUGCAUUCCUGGUGGCAGACUCUCUGAUCAAUGUCUGGCUCACUCUAACUGUUGCCUCAGUUGAAUUUGGAGUCAUAGGUUUUAUGACCUUGUGGAAGGUGGAACUAGAUUGUAUUUCUGUGUUGUGUUUAAUUUACGGAAUUAAUUAUACAAUUGACAACUGUGCUCCACUGUUAUCAACCUUUGUCCUGGGCAAAGAGUUCACUAGAACUAAAUGGGUGAAAAAUGCCCUGGAAGUGCAUGGGGUAGCUAUUUUGCAGAGCUACCUCUGCUAUAUUGUUGGUCUGAUUCCUCUUGCAGCUGUGCCUUCAAAUCUGACCCGUACACUGUUCAGGUGCUUGUUUUUAAUAGCAUUAGUCACCUUCUUUCACUGCUUUGCCAUUUUACCUGUGAUACUGACUUUCCUGCCACCGUCCAAGAAGAAGAGGAAAGAGAAGAAGAAUCCUGAAAACCGUGAGGAAAUAGAGUGUGUUGAAAUGGUGGAUAUGGAUAGCACCCGAGUGGUUGACCAAAUUACAACAGUCUAACUUGUUUGUUUGUUGCUUUUUUACACUAGGUCUUACUGAGGAAAAAAAAAGGAAAAAAAAACCAAUACUGGCUAAAUAUUGAGAAGAGGAAGAGGUUUGGAGGUUUUCCCUCCCCCUUCUAAGCUAAAUCCAGGAAUAUUCAAAGUGGUGGGAGAAAUUUAAAAUCAUUUUUUAAAAAGAGAUGGGAAAUUUUACCUUGCUCAGCUUCUGUAACAGGCAUUAUGAGAGAAUUUGCACACAUAUGCAAAGAUGGGUUGAAUUUUAGACGCAUGAAGUAAGAUCUAAUGAGAGAAGUUGGGUUCCUAAGCAGCCAUCUGCAUCGCCUGUACUGCAGAUGCUGCAAUUAUUGUGGCUAAACCCAAUCAUAUUGAAAGGUCAACUGUCAAGGCUGAAGUAGCACUAAAUGUUCACUGGAUGUAAAGGCUUUACGAACUUUCUGCACAGCAAUAACUCAAGUCAGUGAGUCAGCUCUUAUAGGUCUUAGCCAUCACAUUUAAUUUUUCUUUUCUCCCCUAAUCUAAACAUUUAUGCAAGACUGUACAACAGAUAGCAAACUGUACUGGGAAGGAAGGCAGUACACAGCAACCAAAUGCUUUCCAAACACUUAUGUGUUAUAAAUCACUUCUUUUUUCUAAAAAUAUCAUUACUUUAAAAUGUAAAUCAUCCCUUGUAACAUUUUUA